AUGGAGACGAUAUCGCUCAAGCCGCCGGUGUUCAGAGUGCGCGACUUCCUCUCCCCGGACGAGCGCGCGCGGAUCAUCGAGCUCGCGCGGUCGGAGCUGCGGGAGAGCCACGUCGUCGCGACCGAGCCAGAACCCGCGGCGAACGCAUCGUCGGCCCCCCCGCCCAGGAAGAGCCAAACCGCGUGGCUGGUCGCCGACGCCGACGACACCGGACAUCUCGAGCGCGUUCGCCGACGCGCCAUGGCGUUGACCGUCUUACCAAACACGGUCAAGUCCGAGCGGUUGCAGGUGCUCCGGUACGACCGCGGCGGCUACUUUGGCGUCCACCACGAGAGCACCGCGUUUCUGCGCAGAUACGCGACGUUACUCUAUUACCUGGAAGGUCCCGGCGAGGGCAACGGGGGCGGAACCGCGUUCCCGCUCGGGCCGGACGGCGACGGGGGCGUACGCGGGGAGGUGGCGUUGGCGGCGGCGGGUGAGGCGAUCGGGAGCGGGGACGUGCGCAGGGUUUGCGACUCGUCGAGGGUGGGUGGCGUCGUCGCGACACCGACGCCAGGCGACGCGAUCCUCUUUUACAACUUUGGCGCCGACGGCGAGGUGGAUCGGCACGCGAUCCACGCGGCGUGCGAGGUGACGGGCGGGGUGAAGUGGGCCGCGAACCACUGGUUCACGCUGCCGGAGGAGGACGCGGGCGGGAGGGAGCGCGAUGAGCUCUAA